CCGGAGACCUCAACUGCUUCCCAUCCUUCUGUCUUGCAGGAAAUCCGAAAUGAAGCCAGCGAUUUCCCGUGCAAAGUGGCGAGACUCCUGGAGAACAAGUCCCGCAAUCGCUAUAGAGACGUCAGUCCAUUUGAUCACAGCCGGAUUAAGCUACACAGAGAAGACAAUGAUUACAUCAAUGCCAGUUUGAUCAAGAUGGAGGAAGCUCAGCGCAGCUAUAUACUGACACAGGGUCCUCUUCCGAUUACGUGCGGUCACUUCUGGGAGAUGGUGUGGGAACAGAAAAGUAGCGGAGUCGUCAUGCUGAACCGAGUCAUAGAGAAGGGAUCAAUCAAGUGUGCACAGUACUGGCCGAAGAAAGAGGACAGCCCGAUGGUGUUUGAUGAUGCAAACUUGAAACUGACCCUCCUUUCUGAAGACAUCAAAUCCUAUUAUACAAUCCGUGUGCUGGAGCUGGAGAACCUUGGUACACAAGAGACCCGAGAGAUUCUGCAUUUUCAUUACACCACAUGGCCGGACUUUGGUGUUCCUGAGUCUCCAGCAUCAUUCCUCAAUUUCCUCUUCAAGGUGCGAGAGUCGGGGUGCCUGAACCCCGAACAUGGGCCUAUCGUGGUGCACUGCAGUGCUGGCAUCGGCCGAUCGGGGACCUUCUGCCUGGCUGACACCUGUUUACUGCUGAUGGACAAGCGGAAAGACCCCUCCUCCGUGGACAUAAAACAGGUUCUCUUAGAGAUGAGGAAAUACAGAAUGGGUCUCAUCCAGACGGCAGACCAGCUGCGCUUUUCUUACCUGGCCGUCAUCGAGGGCGCCAAAUUCAUCAUGGGAGAUUCUUCAGUACAGGAACAAUGGAAAGAACUGUCCAACGAGGACAUGGACCCCCCUCCGGAACACACCCCGCCCCCACCCCAGCCCCCUAAACGCAUGAUGGAGACGACAUUGAACGGCAGAAUGAUCGAGCAGCCAGAGUUCUUCCCGCAGCAGGUGGUGGAGGAGGUGAUCAGACGGGCAGUCAGCGUGGUGGAGGAGAGCCUACCGGAUGGCAGAGCCCACCUAUCUGCACAGCCCCCGGUAGAAAGCACUAGUCAAGACACUGAAAUCCGUAGGAGAACCACAGGUGCGGACCAGACCCACUCCUCACCCGACACAGACGACCAGAUCAAACCCAGCCCCGCGGACGACAAAAACGACAGCCAAGAAUGGAGGUCCCUGGUGAUAAACAUCUGUAUGUUCACUGUGCUGACCGCCGGCGCCAUCCUAUGCUACCGGGUCUGGUACCAUUAA